AUGAGUUCAUUUUAUAAUCAUCAACCAAGAAGAAAGCAUUCUCAAACAUCUUUUUAUUUAAAGACUCUUCAUUGUCAAUCAUCACCAAUUAAAGAUUAUAAUAAAGAUAAUACUCAAUAAGAAUAUUUAUAGAAUAUGUUAAGAAUGUAAUAAAAAGAAAUCGAAAGAUUAGAACAUCAAAAUCGUAAUCUCUAAAUUCUGACUGAACAUUAAAGUAAAAUAAUUUAUUAAGAAAGAUAAAACAGGACUCACUUCAUUCCUAAAAUUUAAGAUAAAGAUACUAUGGGCUCUUAAUAAAUUAUCAAUAAGUAAAAGAUUGAGAAUUAAUUGGAUAAACCUAUAAGAAUUUAAAGAAAAAAUACAAUAAAUCGUAAAUUGACUGUGCUGUUUUAAUAGGAUGAUACAUUCAAAUUGAAUUCUUUAUUAGAUUUAAAUAUAACUGACGAGGAAUUAAUCAACAAUUAUUAAAGUGAUGGUUCUUUAUCAUUAAUUGAAGAGACUCUAAAUGAUGAGGAUUGCUUUUUAGAUGUUAUUCAUAAUUAUCCUCCUUAAAAAGUUUCAAUAAUUUAUGACAAAUUGAAAAAAUUAUAUCAUGAACAUAAUCUAAUGUUUCAUAUUAUUCUUAAACUUAAACUUCUAAUCUAAAAAGGAUUUAUGAUACAAAACAGUAAAUUACUGGAUGAAUCAUUCCAAAUAUUAAGAGAAUCAAUUUUAACAAUAAUGAAUAGUUAAGAAGUAAAGAUAUAUUUGAUUGAUGAAGAAAAAAAAGAACUUUAUUCUCGAUAAGAUAAUUAGAAAUAUUAAAUUGGAGAAGGUUUAAUAGGAUUUGUAGCUGAAACAAAACAAAUUUUGAAUUUAAAGAAAGCUAAAUAUGAUACUAGAUUUGCACCUAUAGAUUCAAAUGUGAUAUUGGCAGCUCCAAUAAUGGAUAAUUAAAAAUGUUAUGGAGUUAUAGUAUGUUAAGAAAAGAAGAAUGGUGGUAUUUAUUCUGAAGAAGAUGAAUCAUUAUUAUAAUUGUUAUCAGAAUAAGGUAAGAUGAUUUUAUGUAAUGUAAUGAAUCACAAUUAAUUAAUGACUGCUGUGAAUAAAUUCAGACAUGCACUUAAGAGUAGUAUACAAUUUAUAUAAUUGAAAAGUUAAACAUAAUUAAUUUAACAUGCAUAAAAAAGAUUAAAAGAAAUGAUGAAUAGUGAAAUAGCAACAAUUAAAUUAAUAGAAAAUAUAGAAGGAUAAGGAAUUAUGGGAGAAGCAAUCUUAAAUAAAUCAAUAACCUAUCAUCACAAUUCAUAUAAUAGUUAGUCUUUCAAUCCAAAUAUUGAUCUUAAUACAUCAUUACCAAUAUUUACACUUCCUGUCAUUUGUAAUAAAUAAAUAGUAGCUUGUGCAUAAUUCACUUAAGUUAGAGGACUGGUUUAAUAAUCAUCAUUAUCUUCGAUAGAAUAGGAAGUUUUGGAAUUGUUUUUAUAAUCGUUCGGUUAUCUAAUAAGUAAAUGAUAUAUUUAUUUAUAUAUAUAUAUAUAACAUUAAAUUUAAAAUGUUUAUAAAAGAAGCUUAUGAAAGAAGAUAAAAAUAGAGUGAUGGAGAAUAAGAAAUAUUAUAGACUGAAUAAAGAAUUCAUAAGAUUGGUAGUAUCAAGAACAAUAAAAUGAACUAUGAUAAAGAUGAGUAAUUUUUUAGUAAAGAGGAUAUUCCAUAAAGAGCAUUGUAAAUAAAAGAAACUGUUUAAACUUUUGUUGAUCCAGUAAAUUUAAUUUGCAUUUAAUAUGAUAGGAUAUUUUAGGAUUAAGAAAGAAAGAAUGGAAUAGUAGUGUUUCAGUUCCUAAGAAUCCAUUAUCUGAAGAAACCCAUGAAAGAAAAUUGGUUAAAAUUCGAUUAGGAUUAUUUGAUCAUCCAAUUCCAAAAGAAAAGGCUAAUAGAAUAUAUGAAGGCAUAGAAACUAGAGACAAUUAUUUAUUAGCAAAGAAAGGUUCAAGUAAAUGGAAUGUGAGUAAUGAAACCAAUAAUUUGGAAUUCUAAAAAUAACUCAUAAAUUAGACUAAAGAAGCAUUAAAAAAUACUAAGACCAAAGAGGAAGAGAUUAUUAAGAAUUAUUUAAAGCCUAUAGAACAUUAGACUAAAAUUUAAUUAGAUUUAAGAUCUUAGAAAGUAAAUGAGAAAGAGAUUAGAAAUAAAAUAAGAUAAGAUUAUUAAUUGGCAAAUCCUGCUGCUUCAUAAUAAGCGAUUGAUGGAGCUGUCUUUAGAUUGGCAUAUGAGACUAAAUUAAGCAAAAAUCAAGAACAAAUUUAGGUAAGGAUUUAAAUCUUAAUAGAGGAUAAAAACUAUACAUUUAAGCCAGAUAUGGCAAGAACAUUGAAAUAGGAUUUGGAUUAUAAGUAUUGUCAUAAUGGGGUUUGGUAAAAGAUGCCAGAUGGUAGUGAAGGUUGGUCUUGCUGUAUGAAUAGUACAUUAGAAUCAAAAGGAUGUAUAACAAUUAAGAUAGAUAAGAACAAAUGGGAUUAUUCAUCAUUUACACAUUGA